CGGCGGCGGCUGAGGCGGCCCGGCCGCCCCUGGAGCCCCGGGAGCACCGGCCCAGGUUGUGGUUAAAUGUCUGAAGAAGGAAGUGAGCCCAGGAAAGUGGAAGUUGCCCCGAGAGACUUCUCAGUGUGAUUCAGAAUGAUUGAGGAGAGUGGGAAGAGGAGGAGGACCAUGGCAGAGAAGAGGCAGCUCUUCAUGGAGAUGAGAGCCCAGAACUUCGACGUGAUCCGCCUGUCCACGUACAGAACCGCCUGCAAGCUGCGCUUCGUGCAGAAGAGGUGCAACCUCCACCUUGUUGAUAUCUGGAACAUGAUCGAAGCCUUCCGAGACAACGGCCUGAACAGCCUGGAGCACAGCAGCGAGAUCAACGUGUCCCGCCUGGAGACCAUCCUGUCCUCCAUCUACUACCAGCUGAACAAGCGCCUGCCCUCCAGCCACCAGAUCAGCGUGGAGCAGUCCAUCAGCCUGCUGCUCAACUUCCUCCUGGCCGCCUGCGACAGUGAGGGCCAUGGGAAGCUGACAGUGUUCUCAGUGAAAGCCAUGCUGGCCACCAUGUGUGGGGGGAAGAUCCUGGACAAGCUCAGAUAUCUUUUCUCUCAGAUCUCAGAUUGCACGGGGCUGCUGCUGUUCCCCAGGUUCGAGCAGCUGCUGCGGGAGGUGCUGAGGCUGCCCACGGCCGUGUUCGAGGGGCCCUCCUUCGGCUACACCGAGCACUCGCUGCGCUCCUGCUUCCCCCAGCAGAAGAAGGUGAUGCUGAACAUGUUCCUGGACACGCUGAUGGCCGACCCUCCUCCCCAGUGCCUUGUGUGGCUGCCCCUCAUGCACAGACUGGCCCACGUGGAGAAUGUCUUCCACCCCGUGGAGUGCUCGUACUGCCACUGUGAGAGCAUGAUGGGCUUCAGGUACCGGUGCCAGCAGUGCCACAACUACCAGCUGUGCCAGAGCUGCUUCUGGAGGGGCCACGCCAGCGGCCCCCACAGCAACCAGCACCAGAUGAAGGAGCACUCCUCCUGGAACUCUAAAUUGAGAAGCCUCACAGGAGGGACCUGAGCAGUAAAGUGCAGUUUGAUGGCAGGAUGAUCACCACAGCUCAAGGAAUUGCAGGCAAUUUUAUGGAGAAAAACCCAUUUUAUGGCACAAGAUAAGCCCAACCUUCCCCUGAUUCAAAGAGAAUUCAGAUGAUGAUAGGAUUAUAGUUAAUAGUUUUCUUCAGAAGGAAGAGUCAUUAGAGCAUCACUGUUUCAUUUAGGAAAUUGGGCUGAAGAGCAGGCAGGAGUUGGGGGGCCAAGGAAAAUUCUGUUGUCCUUUUUAUAAUUUGUGGGUAAUAAACUUCUGGAAUGUUUAAUCCCACCUAACAGGAGGUUAUUAUUCCCUUAAAAACAUAGAAAUCCAGGCUGGGAUUUUUGAUACAAAGAGAGGUGUAAAUGAUGGAAACCUGCAAUGCUUUGGGUGGGGAGGGACAUUCAAGCUCAUCCAGUGCCAUCCUUUUAAUAUUUUAUUUUAACUUCUCCAAGUCGUUCACGUCAAUUUUGUGAAAAUUUAAAUUUUUAAAUUAUAAAAAAUUCCUUAUUUUGUGUUUGGCCUGUGUGAGCCCCUGUGAGCUCACUCUGCAGAGUUCCUGGGUGAAGGGGCUGCUGCUCUGCAGCAAAACAAGAAAUGUUCUUUGCUGGCUUUUCACCCUCAUUCAGCCUUCCCUGGUGGGUUUUCAGUGUUUGUGACCCAG